AUGCAAGAAGAGGAGAGUCCAGGCAUUAUCCAUUCUUCAAAAGCUAUACCAUCUUUGAUGAAUAGCCUACUAAAGGAAAAGAUGUCUGAUUUGGUGUAUGCUAUGAUCUUCAAGUAUCUAGUGAAGGAACCAAUAACAAAAGUAGAAAUGUUAGAUAUUGUCAGCAAAGAAUACAAGAAGCAAUUACACAUGAUCUUUAUGGAUGCUUCUAAGUGCUUGUACAUGCUUUCUGGCAUUGAUAUAAAGGAAAACUGUCCUAUAAGCAACUCCUAUACACUUGUCAGUUCAUUGAACCUCACCUAUGAAGAAAAACUGAAUGGAGAGCAGAGAAUGACUAGAAAUGGCUUCCUCAUUGUUAUUCUUGGCUUUAUAUUCAUAGAACGGAAGUGUGAUUCUGAAGAAAGUGUCUGGGAAUUCCUGAAUAUGAUGAGAGUAUAUGAUGGGGAGGAUCAUCCCAUCUAUGGUGAGCCCAGAGCAUUUCUAACCAGAGAUUUGGUGCAAGAAAAUUAUUUGGAAUAUCAGCAGGUGUCUAACAGUCAUCCUCCACACUUUGAGUUUUUAUGGGGUCCAAGAGCCCAUGCUGAAACAACCAAGAUGAAAGUUCUAGAAAUUUUGGCAAGGAUCAAUCAACAUGACCCACUGUUUUUCUUAUUUUUGUAUGAAGAAGCUUUAAGAGAUGAGGAAGAAAAAGACCUGGACCAGAAGUUAUUUCUCCAAAUAGAAGCCCAGUCACAAUGA